AUGGUGGCCAUUUUCAGUGACACUGGCGCAACUUCCGGCAUUGGUGCGGAGACAGCAAGAGUGCUGGCGAAGAAGGGCGUACGCGUAAUUAUUCCGGCUCGCGACUUGGUGAAAGCCGAAAAAGUUAAGGAUAAUAUUCAAAGAGAGAGCCCACAAGCUGAGAUCAUCAUAUUGGAGAUAGAUUUGAGUUCAUUUGAUUCAAUACAGAGAUUUUGUUAUGAGUUUUUAUCUUUAGGAUUGCCUCUUCAUAUUCUCAUAAAUAAUGCUGGCAAGUAUUCACAAAAGCUGGAAUUAUCUGAGGACAAAAUUGAGCUCACUUUUGCUACUAAUUAUUUAGGUCAUUUUCUGCUGACAGAGAUGCUUUUGGGGAAAAUGGUGGAGACAGCUUCAGAAACACAAAUCCAGGGCAGAAUAGCAAGAAAAUCAAAUGUUACUGUCAAUGCUGUGCAUCCAGGGAUAGUCAAAACUGGAAUUACUAGAGACUACAAAGGCUUUAUUACAGAUUCUUUUUAUUUUGUGGCAUCCAAGCUGCUGAAGUCAACAUCACAGGGUGCUGCCACAACAUGUUAUGUUGCAUUAAGUCCAAAUGUUGAAGGCAUCGGCGGCAAGUAUUUUGCCGACUGUAACGAGACUCAGUGUUCGCCGCUGGCUAACGACGACAUUGAAGCUAGGAAUCUAUGGAAGCAAACUCGUGCUUUCAUAAAAAGGCGAUUUUAUCUGCCCGUUACCCCAGAUUUGGACGGCUAA